AUGUUACCAAAGAGCAGCAAUCACAGCCAUCGUGCAACUCUGGCAGCUGACAAGGAGGGCGUUCUGAAGAUGUGCCGCCGUUUGUCUUUGGAUGAAUUACAAACAAGUCAUGAUGCUCACAUUGCCCGCACCCAGGCUGCCGAAGUAUCAGUUGGGACGUCGGUUAAACGGCCAAUGCCGACACUGGACACUGACGCAGAUUCGAUGGUGUGUGCUGCCCGUUUUUGGCUUCUCUUUGUUGGCAUAUUGGGGUUCAGGAAUGCAAAGGCUGGAUUUUUGUGGUUUAUUGCAAUCUCACUUCCCCUUCUCGCUCAGAUUGCUUGUUUGGUCUAUUUCAAUGCAACCGGCAAGGCUGACACUUACCGCACUGGCAUUACUCUGUGUCUCAUGCUUGGGUCAACGAUUGCUUCAUUGAGCAUGCGAAGAGCCGAAAUUCACUUGCUGUUGGGACAUGAAGAUGGAGGUUUGGAAGAGUAUGCUCGGACAUCAGGCUUUUUGAAAGACUGGAGGCGGAUAUCCAGAAGGCGUUUGCUCGAGGUGCUGUCCGUCUUAAUGAUGAUGUUGUCUUGCCGCUGGUUAGGAGAUGUUUUCACAGAGCCUUCUUUGGAAAGCAUCAUCAUAGCUGUUUGCUUCUCCUCCACAGCUGUCGGCUGUGCAGCAGUGUCUUACACCCAACUGCAUAUUGUGGCUGGAAUGGAUUUGGCCGUUGACAGUUUCUGUAUCAAUUUCUUCCGGGAGAUGGACAUGGAACAAGCGCUGAACGAAUGGAACACCGUCCAAGCAACCCUGCGCCAAGUCUCAACGAAGCUGAGUCGAUCUAUGCUGGCGCUCGGCGCCUCCUGCGGGGCAUCCCUGCUCUUGCUGGCGGAGUAUACUUUUUUCCACACCGAUUCCAGCAUUUUUGUGGAUCAGCUGCAGCCUGGGGUGCAGAUGGCCUUCUUCUUGGGAUGGCUAUUUCCACCUGUGCUGCUGUUCCUAUACUCCAUGAUGCGAGCAGCUGGAGUCACUGAGAAGGCAAGCAGGGUAGCACCUCUGGUGAAUUCCUGGCACUUUGGGGAUCAGGAGGAUGACAACGUACCGUCCUGGAUGGAUCUUGGACGUCAGUACAUUGUGCAAUACAUGAUUCAGAGUGAAGCAGGUUUCUAUGUGCAGGGUGUUCGAUUGCAUGCCUUCCAGGUCACGAAGCUCAGCUACUACUUUGCGGCGUUCAUUUUCGCAGUGCUUUCCAAAACUACCAACAAUUGCAUAUUUGGCUUAUCCAAAUUAAAUGCGCAGCAGCUUUAG